AUGAAUGGUCGAGCGCCCAAAGCCAUCAUAAUCGAUCAAGACUGGGCAAUGAAGAAUGCAUUUGCGAUUGUAUUCCCAGAAACCCGCCAUAGAUAUUGUCUAUGGCAUAUAAUGCGUAAAUUUCCAGAAAAGUUAGGAUCUCACUUCCAAUUCAGUACAGGGUUGAAGACCUCUAUUCAAACUGCAUUGUAUGAUUCACAGACCUGCACGGAAUUUGAAGAGAUGUGGGGUGGACUUCUUGAUAAGUAUGAUCUCAGAGGCAAUAGUUGGCUCCAGUCCUUAUACGAGGAAAGGACCUUUUGGGUUCUAGUUUAUUUGAAGGAUGUCUUUUGGGCUGGUAUAAGCACGACACAACGGUCAGAAAGCAUGAAUGUUUUUUUCGACGGGUAUGUCUACUCCGGUACGACCUUGAAAGAAUUUGUGGAUCAAUUUGAUAAUGCACUAAGAAAGAAGGUGGAGGUUGAGACAACGACUGAUUUUAACUCCAUCAACCCAACGAUUCCUUGCGUUUCCCCUUUCAACUUUGAGAAGCAGUUUCAAAAGGUAUACACAAAUGCAAAGUUUAAAGAGUUCCAAAAGGAGUUGAUAGGCCUAAUGUGUUGUAAUUGCAUACUGGUAAGGAAGCAAGGGUGCAUUUUAACUUUCGAUAUCUUGGAUGAAAUAUCGAUUGAUGAAUGCACCAAGAUAGUCCAUUACACAAUUUACUUUAAGGAAGAUGAGUGUGAGUUAAAAUGCACGUGUGCAUUGUUUGAGAUGAGGGGAAUUCUAUGUAGGCAUGCACUAAAAGUUUUUCAGCUGAAGAGGAUUAAUGUGCUGCCAGAUAGAUAUGUCUUGGAUCGCUGGAGAAAGGACGAGAAGAAGAGAUACACAUUGAUUAAAAGUAGUUAUGAUGAUUUGAGGGCCAAUGGAGACGCACGGAGAUAUGAGAUGGAGGUUAAAAGAUGCAUAAAAUUGGCAACAAAAAUAUCCCCAAGUGAUGAGCGUGUUAAUACAUUCAUGCGAUACGUCAAUAACUUUUACUCAAAAUGUGAUGAUGUAACAUUUGGGUUGAAGGUCGAAUCAACGAAGGUCGGACCAAAUGUUGAGGCGGAUAAGGGUAAGAAGAUAUUAAGCCCCCACAUGGUCCGAGGGAAAGGAAAACCCCCAAGUAAGAGAAAGGUUCCGCCCGUAGAGAAGAUGGCAAGAAAGAGAAAUGCUUGCAGGAAAAUAUUCGUUGAUGAAACACAAUUGAGUGACACCCCGGGAUCUCAACACCACCAAUUUGAUGAUGGAGCUAGUGUUGAGGCACAAAACAACAUUGUCACACAAUCAAUGCCAUCAGGAAAUCAGGAGGUUGUCCUUGAUGGUAAGCAAAUCUCCUUAAUGACUUGCGGGGUUGUUGCCACAAAUGCUUACAUUAAAGGUAAUCCACUUAACUCUCAGUUUCUUAUGUUGGUGGAUACUUCAGAUGCUUUGGUUCGGCAAGCAACAAUGGCCUAUAAGUGUUUUCUGUUGAUGCAUGACAAGAAUAGACGAUUGAAGAGGCUCAAGCCCGGUGGGGAAGGGAUAUAUCUGUUGAGGAAUGUGGGAAGAUGA